GCGCCGAAUUUGGCACUUUUCUGCCGUGUUUUGAAUUCGUCGAAGCUAGAAACUAAGACACCACUAGUGUCUAAGUAAUUGCGCGAUAUUAAGUGCAUUGAAGAUAGAUGGUUGUUGCUAAAGAGCUUUAGUACUGAACUCUGCCGCCUCAAGAGUCUGGAUUACUGUCAUCCUCCAAGUGCCUUCAAAUGGGAAUCAUCUUUAAUUUACCAGCUACGGGUUAAUGUAGCAGCUUGACCCGUCAGCUGAGAUCCGUGUUUGCAACCAGAACUUCAAGUUGGCGCCCUUCGAGGUCGUUAGCAGACUGGACCAGGCUGACUAGAGGAUGUUAGUGGAGAAUUCGGGCGGAGGCGGAGGCGGGGGUGGCGGUGGGAGGGGUGGUGGCAGCGACGGAAAAUCCACCAGCAGCACCGGCACUGCCUCCAAGUCCGGAGGCGGGGUGUCGAAGAUGGGUGGAGGAGGUGGAGGAGGAGGAGGAGGGGGAGGAGGAGGCCGGCCCACCUCAACCCCCAGCAGCAGAAACACCGGCACAAAUGGGACGACGUCUCCCCCGUCGUCAUCCUCCUCAGGAAGGACCGCCAACGGGACGUCUACCCCAACGCGAGCCACGACCAACGGCGUCUCCACCACUCCGGGUCGCGGCAGCGCCAAUACGAACGGCACUUCCCUCAACCGACCCAGCAGCCAUUACACGCCUUCGAGGAGCGGGGGCGUCGUGAACGGCAGCUCUACGCCCCGCAACAUGAACGGCACUCCCAGCCGGGGGCCAGUGACGCCCAUCAGGACCACGUCCGCCACUCACACCAACAGGAGCACCACCAGCAGCAGCAGCGGGGGAGGAGGGAGCAAGACCGCCACGCCCACCAAAAGCGCCUCUUCCGACCUGGACAAUCAGCUGAGUUACACGCCGCCCCACGUGCUCAUCAGGUCCAUCUCCUCCCUCUCUCAGCAUUCGCUUCGCCCAUCCACGCCCGAAAUUGAUCAGGAGGAUGGAGUCGUUUCGGUACCAGCGUUGCGCAAGGGCGUUCUCCUGCAGGCGAGGGAUCGUCUGUUCUCGAGAUGGAAAGAACGAUAUUUCGUCCUGACGAGAGAUUACCUGGCUUGUUUUCGUAGAGGGUCAACCAAGUAUUCAGAGAUGGGUUCCUUCAUAUUCAAGGUAAACCUGGCCAGUGUAGAGACAGUUGAAUGGCAAGAUCGGCGGGGCGGUCCAGCAUUGGCUCUCUCUCUGCCAAGAGAGGGCAGAGUGCUAUUAAGAGCAAAGUCAGGUUUAGAUCAGUGGUACAGGCUUCUCCUGGAAGCCACCAACUCUUCCCGCCUGCGACGCAACGCCCUUCGUCGUGGUACUUCCACAACGCACCUCAAUCAUACCACCAACAACAAUCUAGAUACAACCCCUCCGGCAAAAUCAGGAGGGUUGCAAUACAGUUUAAGUGGAUCUACACCUGAAAUUACAAGGCUUUUUGAAUCGGUUUGUGACGACUCCCCUGGUGGAAGUUCUCGGGUUGUCACACGUCACCAUAGAUUCUCCUUAUUGGCAGAUGUGGACUUAGGAUCAUGUGACACUGAUGUGGCCACACCACCUUCAUCUGUGACUUCAUCUAAUAAGUUCAGUACCUCAACUUCUGCUUCAAACACCUCAGGUUCAGGAGGCUCGUCAUCUCUUGCAUCAUCACCAUCUUUACGUGGGUCUUGUGCUUGGCCACGCCCUUCUUCACCUUUACGUCCCGUUGUUGGUGAUGCUCCCAGAUCUAGGCUGUCUCUGUAUGAGGGAACUCGUGAAAUGCCCACAACAGCUAAAAUGAGGCAUUCUGUGUGUUUGGAAUCGCGUGACCAAGUACAGGAUAUUGGAAGAAAAAAGAAUCGUCAUUCUAUUUGUGUGGAACCUCGUGAUUUGGCCAGGACCCGGGCAUCGCUAUGCUUAGAACCACGUAAUCCACUACUCGACCUAAUGGAAAGUGUGGAAGCUAUUCCCUCUUUGUUAUCUCACGAGGAUACUCGUCCUCUACCAUCAUCAAGGACUUCUCCGUCUAAGAGCGAAGGUGACAGGAGAUCAACUAAUGAUGUACCUUUAAUGGUGAGUGAAGUAGAUACCAGUCCUUGCCCAGAAGAGAGCUCGUCCCGUCCACGUGCACAUUCCACUUCUCUAACACCAGAGCGUACUUUGGGUCCAAGGUCACGCUCCAACUUGGGUUUUUUCAGACACUCAGGGUUGUAUAAUCAUUAAAAUAAGCUUGUUAUUUACAUCUUGAAGUUAUGAGAAAUGACUGGUCGUGCUCUGAAAUGGUUUAACAGUUUCAGUAAGGAUUAACGGGAGUAUUUGUUUCACCACUGAAACCCAAGUAUAACAUUUAAUUUUUUUUUUUAAUAAUAUACAAUACCACAGGAAAAUUCCUUAUAGUUUGUCCGCAUUACAUGGGAAGUUUUUUUUUUUCUACAAGUGCCAAUCUGAAUGCAGUAAUAGCGGGCCUAGUGAAUCGUGCAUUUGUUGUUUUGACUUUAUGUGAAUUCAAAGAUAAUUUGACAGAAAUUUUGUAUUUGUUUGAAUUACUUCUUUGUAAUUCCUUCAAAAUGCAUAAUUUCAUGAAACUUUUUAACUGGCUUUAAAUAUUUUUUCUCAAGUACAGGACAAUAUAUAUAUAUUACCUACUACUAAUGUGACUGAUUCAUGUACAGUAAUUCAAAUGGAAGUAUAAAUCUGCACAUCUAGCAUUAUUGUGCUCAUGUACUUAAGAUUAAUCGGCAGUCUGAUUUAAAGCCAGUUGUAUUCUUUGUAAGUAUGUAUAUUAAUAAGCUUUGUAUGUACAUUUUGUAUUUUUUUAUGCAGUAAAUUAUCUCCUAGCAGAGUUUUGUAUAAUGCAUAUUCUUAGUAUAUAUACAGUAAUGUAUAAUUUUUACCUUUACUGGUAUGUAUGUAACCCAAGUGGUUAUCUUGUCUUUGUAUGUGCAUGUUUACAGAAAAUCAGAAAAAAAUUACUAGUCAUAUGCAGGGGUUUCAGAUGCAUUUAUGAAAUUAUUUCUGGAAUCUUUUCUUGAAUGUAUUAUGAUGUAUAUAUAUUUAUUAUAUGUAUGUGGAAGCACAAGUUGUAAUUUAGUUUAUCAAAAGAAAGGAGUUAUGUUUGUAACCAACAAAGCAAAAUUUAGAAAGGAUUUCAAAGUUAGAGAAAUUCCCACUCAAUCAUGGAUGCACCUGCACUUCUGCAAUCUGCUCCAACCCAGUCCUGUUGCCACUUUGCUCUUGUAUGUUUCAACAAGUUUUAGUUUGGCAAAUUCUGUAAAGGAAUGAAAAGUCUUUAUUUCUUGAAAGAAGUAAAAAAUAGGUUGAACCUUCUCAGUACAUAUUUGCUAGUACCUAUUCAUGUAUUGAAAAUAGAUUUAUGCACCCUUUUAGGAUUUGAUGUUGAAUACCUCAAAUUAGACCCUUUAGUUCUUGUCAAUGAGAAGUUCGUGGUCCUAAAGUAUGCUUUUUGGUUUAGCAUAGGAUAAAUGAAAAGUUCACUGUAGGGGUACAUUGGCAACUAGAUGCAUUGAUGUAAUAUUAAUGCUGAAAACAGUACAGUGUAUGUGUGACUACACUAUAUACAGUACCUUUACAUUCAGGAUUUUGUGAUUGAAAGCAUGGCCCUCCAUAAUAUUCUUAAAAGUCUAAUAUACUGCCAUAAUUGUAAAAUGAACACCAAUUGUAAAAUAAAAUGUUAAGGAGUAGUUGUUUUUUCUUGAUUCAGUGGACUGCAAAAAAGUUUUAAAAUGUGUAAUUAUGUACAUACUGUUUCUACUGAUGUUUUUUCUAUAUUUAUAGCCUUCAAUUAAUGUCUUUGCUAAACAAGUUGAACUUAAAAGAAUGUAAUUAGUGUAAGGUAAUUUGACAUCUUUAAAAAACAAGUAUGAAAUGUCUGAAUAUCUGCUGUUUGUUCGUAACGACUGGUAGAUUAUGGUAAAAUUAUUGAAUUAAUGAAAACUUACACUUUAUAUAGUUAAGCAGAAUUUGUGAACAUGACAAAAAAAAAAAAAGUGGUUACAUGAUGAAAAUUAUACUAGUAUGUUCAUCAUCCCUACAGACUGUAUUGAGAUUUAUAUGUGUGAAUAAUAUUUACAAAUUUAGUCAAAAUGGUCAUAUCUUUUCCAUGUGCUUUACUUUAUUGAAUGAAUAAAGAACAGUUAAUUUUUAGCAUGUUUCACUGCAAGAGUUUUGUUAAGUGUGUCGAGAUGGCUGUUAGAAAUUAUGCUAAAAUCCACAAUGUAAAGGAUUUAUUUAAUUUUAUAUAUACAGUAUAUAUAUAUAAAACUUCGGUUGAAGUGGAGUUUUAGAAUAUAAAGUGUUUCUUUAUAAUAAAGAUGGUGAUUGAAAUAUGUGAUGGCAGUUACCUGUAUGAGUAAUAGUGUCUCGAGUGACUGUAAAGGCUUAGGAAUUAGUAUGUUAAGAAUCUUUGAUGAUUUGCUAUUGAGUGUUUAUCUUGAAAGCUUCCUCUAACUGUUGUUUCAUAUGUACAGUAGUUGAUUGUAUACACAAAGCAAAAUAAAUUUAACAAAAAAUUUA